AUGGGUGGACAUCUGGACCCUCAAUACAAGAUUUCAGGUCUUGUUACUGAGAAGACUGAUGUUUACAGCUUUGGCGUGCUAAUGCUCGCGCUCUUUACUGGAGAAACAGAUGCAAUGAAGUAUCGCGAAGGAACAAGAGAGCGAAUUCAUAUCCGGGAUUAUGUUAAAGACUUCCUUGUGACUCAUCAAGUCAAAGAAAUUGCUGAUCCGAGAAUGUUGGAAGAUGAAGGGAACAAUAAGGAUGAGAUGGAGCAGCAGUUGCUUGAUUUUCUUGAUCUUGCUUUGAGAUGCACAGAAUAUGAGGGAAUAAAUAGGCCAGAUAUGAUUGAUGUUGCAAAAGAGCUGCGCCAGAUGGAGAGUACAAGAAAUUCAUGGAAUUCUCGGGCUCAUAGGAAUUUCUGAUCUUUCCUGAUCUUGUCCAAGUUCAAGAAAUUCGUGGAACACUCGUUCGUGGCUGACAGGGGUUUUCCAUGAGUCUUCUUCGGAAUUUCAGCGCAAGAUCCUCUUUUAAUGUCCUGUGUCCCACAGCAACUGUAUGUUCAAAUCGAAUGCCUUUAACCUGUCCAAUCAUAACUUUUUGGGCGUCAUAUUCAUCUC